UGACUCUCCCUUGCCUGUGACUUCACGUGUCUGUUUUGUAAAGUUCCUUGAGUCUGAGUCGGUGGGAGUUUCCCAACACCUGACGAACACCGUCUUCGUGGACAGAGCCUUGAUCGUGGUCCCUUUUGCUGAAGGUGGGUGUCUGUUUCAGUCUUGUCUCUCUCACUUGGCUAUCUCUGAACAUGCAUCACAAUGUGUAGGCUGUUUAUUAGAAUUACUGACGCUAUCUGAGCCAUUGUGAGUGUUUUUCUGACCAAGCAAAAUUAGCUAAGCUUUCAGUGCUUGGCAUUUCUAGGUAUGUAAAAGGGAAAUGUACAUUUGUGUCCAUGUCUUACAAUCUAGCUGUAAACUUCUCUCUCUGUUAUUUGUGUUGUGGUUUUCAUAGUGGACAAGUCAUUUGCAGAGAGCCCCUUCCUUGCUGGCUGAAAGUGGUCCUCUGCUGCCAUCAGGAGAUUAGAAAAAAUAAUGGCACCAGGCUCGCAAGCCCCCCUUCUCUCUCUUGUUCUGCAUUCUUUUUCCUGGUUCAGCCAGCCCUAUAUACCAGACCCUGCUGAAAAUGCCACCAACAGUUUUGUCUUCUGCAGCCUUAUCCUGUUUCUCAAGUGUCCUUUCUGUUGUGUGUGUGUGUGUGUGUGUGUGCGCGUGUGUAUGUGUCUCUCUCUCUCUCUCUCUCUCUCUCUCUCUCUCUCCCUCUCUCUCUCCCCCUUUUUUGCCAUAUAAAAUGUCAGAUUAAAAAAAUAGCCUGUUUUCAGAUUGCACAACCAUGGAUGAUCAUCUCCAUAAGAUUUUCCCUUUUGAUUUUACUGUUUGGUUUUUCUUCAGCUUUGGGCAAAAAUGUUUUAUGAUUUUAUCACAGCUUUUGCUGGCAAUAGCCCUUAACUGUUUAGUGCAGUUUAGCUUUGACAUUGUUUAGUGUUUUUAGUGACAUAUUGUUGGCUAAAACCUAGCACUGCUGUAGCUUGUUAGCAGUUUUUUGUGGUGGGAUUGUAACCACCGACAAAAGCCCAGAAAAGGUAAAAUGACUGAACCUUUUCUGUUUUUUGUAUUGGUAAUGGUAAGUGAUGUUGAAAUGUACCCUUGUGUCUACACCCAAAUCAUGAACUUUGUUUUCUGUAUCUCAAUGUUUUUGUGUGCUUUAUAGCGAAGCAGCCGGCGCGAGUCGCUUGUUCAUAAAACAUCUAAUGAAAGUUGAGAGCACAUCCCACGGGACAACUGGCUGUGCUUGCUUACGUUUGGUUCAUGACUUAAAAAACAAGUACAGGAGUCAUUCCUGAUGAAUCUAAAGCUAUGUCGCUGCUGGCUCCAGCCAAUGCCGUGGCAGGAAUGAUGCCUGGGGGAGGCCUUCUUCCAACACCCAAUCCUCUGGCGACAAUGGGAGGAACGCCAUUCGGAGGUCUUGGAGCUCCCAACAUGGAGCAAAUGGCUGCCAUGGGAAUGGCAGGACCUAACAUGAACCCCCAGGCUCUUUCUGCAGACUUCCUGAAGCUCAUGCAGUCCAUGGACCCCAAAUUGAAUCCGUUAGCGGCCGGACUGAACUUGAAUCCAGGGCUGAAGACUGACGCUUCCAAUAAGGAGAUUGAAGAGGCCAUGAAAAGAGUCCGAGAGGCCCAGUCUCUCAUUUCUGCUGCCAUUGAACCAGGAAAUAAGAAAGAUGACAAGCGCAAACAUUCCCGGUCCCGUUCGCGGUCACGGCGCAGGCGAUCCAGAUCUCGCUCCAGACACAGGCGUUCGAAGAGCAGGUCUCGGCGGAGGUCCCAUUCAAGGAGUAGGAGGAGGUCCAAGAGUCCACGGAGAAGGAGGUCCCACUCCCGGGAAAGAGGCCGCCGCAGUAGAUCUAGGGAAAGGAGGAAGGAGGAAAAGUCUAAGAAAAGGUCAAAGACGCCCCCCAAGAGCUACAGCAGCGCCAGGAGGUCUCGAAGCAUUAGCCGGAGGCACAGACGAAGCCGCAGUGCAUCUCGGUCCCCCAGGAGGAAGUUGUCCAGGUCUCCAUCGCCGAGACGUCACAAGAAAGAGAAGAAGAAGGACAAGGAGCGUGAGAAGGAGCGGGAUAGAGACAGGAGGGAGGACAGGAGCAGAGAUGAAAGAGAACGCUCCACCAGUAAGAAGAAGAAGAGCAAAGACAAGGAGCGAGAUCGGGACCGCAAGUCCGAUAGCGAGAAAGGAGACGUUAAGGUGACCCGGGAUUACGAUGAGGAGGAGCAAGGUUAUGACAGCGAGAAAGAGGGAGAGGAGGACGAUGACGAGAGGAAGAGCGACUCUGACUCGGCAUCGUCCCCUAAAGGCCAGGAGGAGAUGGAGAGAUCCGAGGGCCAAAUCCCCAAAAAGUCCAAGCUGAAUGGAGACGAUCACCAUCAGGAAGACAUGGAGAUGAGCGACUAAGAACAUCUCGAACCAGACCGUGUUAUCUUUCCACUGUCCUCUUUUAUAUUUUUAAUAUAGGCCACAACGUGUCCGUGCCUGAUCACUCAAAGUUUAAAAAAAAGAUUUGUUGUCUUAACUGUAGAAGCAUUUUGGGAAAAUGGGGAGGGGAUGUAGAAGGAAAGCAGUCGAAUAAUUUUUGUAAAGACGAGAAAACAAGGACUAAAAUAUGAAUAACAUGAGACUGGUUUUAAAUUGUCAUUGCUGUACUUUUUUAAGAUCCCGCUGAUUUUUUUUCUGUUUGUUGCCUUUUGUGUUUAUUCUUCCUGGCAGUAGAAUACACAGCGUUUUCCACUAAAAUGUUGUCAAUGUAAAUAUUUUACUGGUCGGGAUUAAGUCCUUUCCUCAUUGAGACUGUUAGUUACUCACCAGGCACCAACGUCGGGUUGCUUUCUUGGUCGCUGAACCAUUUUUGCUUUAACUGUAAUGCACCCAGUCAUGUCUCAGCUGACCUUCCUAUUUACACCCCUUUGUAAGUGUACACUGUAGAUUGAAAUGUGUUGUUGCAAUGAAAUACUUUGUCUGCAAUAGGUUUUUCUUUCCAAAGGAAACUAAUAAAAUUGGGUCAAACUGUA